AUGGCAGAAGAAAUAGAAGCCAUGGAACGAACUAAUACAUGGACUAUUGUCUCUCUUCCAAAGAAUCAUCAUACCAUAGGCAGUAAAUGGGUUUACAAAGUCAAGUACAAACAAGAUGGAACAGUUGACAAAUAUAAGGCAAGACUUGUAGCAAAAAGCUACAAUCAACAAGAAGAAAUAGAUUUCUCAGACACCUUCUCACCUAUCGCCAAAAUUGUCACUGUUAAAGUCUUCUUCGCCCUUGCUACAUCCUACAAUUGGUCACUCACUCAAAUGGACAUCAAUAAUGCCUUCCUAAAUGGUGAUUUGUUUGAAGAAGUGCAUAUGUCUUUGCCAUUGGGUUAUCAAACCUCACAAGUACCAUGGAAAGGUGAGAAACUAGCCUGCAAACUUAACAAAUCUAUAUAUGGGCUGAAACAAGCCUCGAGACAAUGGUCUCUCAAGUUUACAGCUGCUCUAUCUUCACAUGGCUUUCAUCAAUCCAAGUCUGAUUAUUCUCUUUUUACCCAAGGACAUGGACAUGAUUUUGUAGCAUUAUUGGUAUAUGUAGAUGACAUAUUACUAACUGGACCAUCCCCUCAAAUAAUCAGCUCAGUCAAAGAAGUCCUCAAAGGACAUUUCAAACUCAAGGAUUUAGGCCAUGCGAAAGAUUUUCUGGGAUUAAAAUUAUCCAGAUCUCAACAAGGGAUCAUGAUUUCCCAAAGAAAAUAUUGCCUCCAAAUACUUGAGGAUACUGGAUUUCUUGAAGCUAAACCAGCUACAACUCCUAUGGAUCCCAAUUUGAAACUAUCAAAGAAUGAAGGAGAGCUUCUAAAGGCAGAUGACAUCACAUGUUAUAGGAGACUGAUUGGCAGGCUUAUAUAUCUUCAAAUAUCUCGGCCAGACAUAUGCUUUGUUGUUCAUCGGCUAAGCCAAUUCAUCCACAGCCCCACUAAAGCUCACUUAAAUGCCGCUCAUCACUUACUCAGGUACCUAAAACGGUAUCCUGGACAAGGCAUUUUAAUCAGCCCUAUCACUUCCUUUCAUUUAAAAGCCUUUGUGGAUGCUGAUUGGGGAUCAUGUCCUGUUACUAGAAGAUCCAUUACUGGUUUCUGCAUAUUCCUAGGGGCAUCUAUCAUAUCAUGGAAAUCAAAGAAACAAGUCACCGUUUCUAGAUCUUCUGCAGAAGCGGAGUACAGGGCACUAGCCUCAGUUACUAGUGAAUUCAUAUGGAUCUCUCAACUCCUCAAAGAUCUUCAGGUUAAGAUCCUAAUGCCCACUACUGUAUUCUGGACAAUCAAGCUGCUAUUGCCAUUGCCUCUAAUCCAAUGUUUCAUGAGAGGACAAAACACAUAG